GUUGAUUGUUUAACAUAAUCAUCUUCACAUUUACAGGUUUCAUAUGAUAUUUCCUGGUGAUACGUUUGUUUUUGAAAAAUAGUGUUAACGAUAGAUUUUCAAAAAUGAUUUUGUCUGAAAAUAAUAAUUAGUCCUUGAAAAUAGGCAAAUAAUUGGCAUAAAUUAAGAUAGAAUGAUUUUUUUUUUCGUAAUUUGUUCAAUUCUCUGGUAAAUUGGUGAAUCAGAUUGAUUGUAAGUGACUUGACAUGUACGGUUGAACAGCAAUGAAAACAUGAUCAAGUUGAAAAGUAACACUUAAAAUAAACCAACUUUGAUCAAUCACCAACCGGUUCUUACAGAUUUAAAUCAUUCUUCAUCACAAUUAUUCUUCCUUCUCUCUCACCUUUCUAUUUUCAUUCUCACCAUCAUCAUCAACUUAACUUAACUCUCAAAAGCCAAUUCUUCAUUUUUAUUGUCCUUUCCGUUUCCAAACAAACCACAUCUUUCCAUUUUUCAGGACUCACCAUCCUGUUGUCUAUUUACUGUUCAACUUAAUCGUCUAUCCAACUUAUAUAACCAACAGUUGUUAAGAGUUUUUACUCUUUUUUUUGUAACCAAAAGGCGAUUUCAGUCAAUGUGAAUAGGUUUGGUUGAUUGUCGAUUCAAGUAAAAAAUCGUCUGACCAAAGUACAAGCUCAAAUCAUGAAUGAUUUGAAAGAUUCUCUUCGUGUAAUCCUUUUAUGUUUAUAUCAUUGGGUGGAAGCAAUUGUCUUCUUCUUUGUUCCUGGUGAAUGGAGGUACAAAUCGCUUGAAAAAGAAGUUGUUCUCAUUACCGGCGCUGCAAGUGGGAUCGGUCGAAUAGUUGCUCUCAAGUUGGCCAAACAAGUAAAGUGUCUGGUUCUUUGGGAUAUUAAUGGUGUCACUCUAGAGGAGACUGCAGCCACUAUCCGUCAAUUGGGUUGCCAAUGUGUAGCUUACACUGGGGAUAUUUCAGAUCGUAAAUGGGUUAAAUCCAUGCCGGAUAGAAUUAAAAAAGACCUGGGAACUCCAGUGACCAUGGUAAUCAACAAUGCUGGUGUUGUUUCGGGAAAAGAUUUCCUAGAGUUGACUGAUGAAGAAAUCCUUCGUUCCUUUGAUGUUAACGUUUUAUCCAACUUUUGGAUCAACAAAGCUUUUCUACCAGAUAUGAUCUCUGUCAAUCAUGGACACAUUGUGACUAUGGCAACUGUUGCCUCUUUCUUUGGGGUUCCUAAAUUAACCGAUUACUCAGCUACCAAAGCUGCUGUCUACAUGUUACAUGAAACACUGGCUUGUGAACUGAUGCGAGCUGGUUUAACUGGAAUUAAAUGUACUGCUAUCUGUCCUUUCCUAGUCAACACCGGAAUGUUUGAUGGAGCCUCGUCAAAACUCAUUUCCACCUUGGAGCCAGAAUAUAUAGCCGAGAAAGUGAUUCAUGCCAUUCGAACUGAACAAUUCAUUUUAGUUUUACCAAGAAUUGUUUACUAUUUGAUGGUCCUUCGAAGUUUCAUUCCUUCAAUGAGUGGUUACUAUCUUUACAGAGCAGCAGGAUUCCUUGAGCUGAUGACCAAAUUUACUGGAAGAUCUCAGGAACAGAAAAAUGGUAACAAACCCAUCAAAUCACAUUAAUCAAGUGCAAUAAUCUCAAUUAACUUUAAAUCAACGACUGGACUGAAGGUACUAAAAUGAGAUGAUCAACUUACAAUUAUUAACAAAGUGAGAAAUAUAAGUGACUUUUGAAUAGACCUUGUAAUUAACAUUUCCAAUUAUCUGUAUAUCUUCAUAUACAGCUAAAUCAUAGCUAACUUCAAAUUAUUAAUUGAAAACUUCUUUUUCGAUUUCUUGAAAUAAAUUUUCAAUCUUUUUUUUUGUUAA